GAGGCUAAUGCGGGGAUGUCACUGAGAACAGUGGCCUGCGGAAAGACUGCAGAUCAGGCCUUUGUUACACUGACCACAAAUGAUUCCUACUCCAAAGGCGCCCUGGUGCUGGCCUUGUCUCUGAAACAGCACAGGACCACCAGGAGGCUGGCGGUGCUUGCCACUCCGCAGGUCUCGGACUCCAUGAGGAAAGUUUUAGAGACAGUCUUCGAUGAAGUCAUCAUGGUAGAUGUUUUGGACAGUGGCGAUUCUGCUCAUCUGACCUUAAUGAAGAGGCCUGAGUUGGGUGUUACUUUAACUAAGCUCCACUGCUGGUCACUUACACAGUAUUCAAAAUGUGUGUUCAUGGAUGCAGAUACUCUGGUCCUAGCAAAUAUUGAUGAUCUUUUUGAGAGAGAAGAAUUGUCAGCGGCUCCAGACCCUGGAUGGCCUGACUGCUUCAAUUCUGGAGUCUUUGUGUUUCAACCUUCAGUGGAAACAUACAGCCAGCUGCUUCUCGUUGCUUCCGAGCAAGGUAGUUUUGAUGGUGGGGACCAGGGUUUACUGAACAUGUUUUUUAGCAGCUGGGCAACAACAGAUAUCAGAAAACACCUGCCAUUUAUUUAUAACCUAAGCAGCAUUUCUAUAUACUCCUACCUCCCAGCAUUUAAAGCGUUUGGUGCAAAUGCCAAAGUUGUGCAUUUCCUGGGACGAAUCAAACCAUGGAAUUAUACCUACGAUCCUAAAACAAAAAGUGUCAAAAGUGAGUCCCAUGAUCCCACCAUGACUCACCCUGAGUUUCUCAGCUUGUGGUGGGACAUCUUCACUACCAGUGUUUCACCUCUGCUGCAGCAGUUUGGCCUCAUCUCAGACACCCACCUGCACCUCAAUGUGCUUUCAGACUUGGUCUAUACAACACUGGCUUUCUCUUGUGGCUUCUCUAGAAAGGAAGAUGUCUCUGGAGCCAUGUCACAUUUGUCCGUUGGGGAGACCCCGGCUACGGCACAGCCUUUUGUAUCCUCAGAAGAACGGAAGGAGAGGUGGGAACAGGGCCAGGCUGAUUACAUGGGAGCAGAUUCCUUUGACAACAUCAAGAGGAAACUUGACACUUACCUCCAAUAGAAACACUGCCACUUUUC